AUGAAGAAUCCUUAUAUAUUUUGCAUUUUUUUCCUUUAUUAUUUUGUUUAUCGUUACGAAAAAUGUUUAGACUACCUAUCAGCCAGACCAAAAAUUUUAAAGUCUUUGAUAAUUCUCAUAAUAAAAAAAUGCAAUAAAUUAUUUAAUAUUCUAUGCUUAAUUGAAGCUUCAGAAAUUAUUGGAAAAUAUGCAAAAAGUUUUUUACUAAUAAUGAAAAGCUUUAAAUAUUUCAUUAAACUACUUGCCAACUUACAACAUUAG